CAACUUGUCUUGUCUCACUCUCCCAGUUCAUAAAUACUUGGUUCUCUGCUCAAGGUACAAUUAUCUUCGCAUUCAAUACUCGAUACUCACCCACACCGACACUCAACAUGUCAUCAAAACCAGUGAACCGAGCCUGGUGGAAAGAAGCCUCCGUCUACCAAAUCUGGCCUGCAUCGUACAAGGACUCCAACAACGAUGGUAUCGGAGACAUCCCCGGCAUCAUCUCCAAGCUCGACUACAUCCAACAACUCGGCGUGGACAUACUAUGGCUAUCCCCGUCCUACAAAUCCCCGCAAGUAGACAUGGGCUAUGACAUUUCCGAUUACUACAGUAUCCAUCCACCACACGGAACAGUCGAGGACGUUGACAAGCUAAUUAGUGGCUGUCAUGAGAGGGGAAUGAAGUUACUGAUGGAUUUGGUGGUUAAUCAUACAAGUGAUCAGCAUGAAUGGUUCCAGAAAUCCAAAAGGUCAAAAGAGAAUAAUGAGUUUAGGGAUUGGUAUAUCUGGAAGCCGCCUAGGUUUGAUGAGCAGAAAAACAGGCAUCCGCCAAAUAACUGGGUGUCUCAUUUUCAGGGCAGUGCGUGGAAGUACGAUGAAUUGACGGAAGAGUAUUACCUCCAUCUCUAUGCAGAGGAACAACCAGAUCUGAAUUGGGAACAUCCCCCAGUUCGCAAAGCCGUACAUGAUAUUAUACGGUUUUGGCUCAACAAGGGAUGUGAUGGUUUCCGUAUGGAUGUUAUCAACUUCAUUAGCAAACAUCAGGACUUUCCAGAUGCACCUCCGAUGGAUCCGGAUACCCCUUGGCAAUGGGGGUAUGCUUACUACGCCAAUGGUCCUCAACUACAUGAGUACUUACAAGAAAUUGGGAAAAUUCUUCAAGAGUAUGAUGCCUUUAGUGUGGGUGAAAUGCCAUUUGCAUCUUCCAUCGAUGACGUCCUCAAAGCAAUUCGCUUCGACCGAAAAGAGAUUAAUAUGAUUUUUGAUUUUGAGCAUGUCGAUAUCGACCAUGGGAAAUUCGACAAGUUUGCCGAGGGAGACUGGAAGUUGACAGAUCUAAAACGCAUCCUUAACAAAUGGCAGACUUUCAUGUAUGAGAAUGAUGGAUGGAAUGCGUUGUAUUGGGAGAAUCAUGAUCAGCCGCGGUCUAUUGAUCGGUAUACUGAUGCCAGUCCUGAAUAUUCGGUGGUUGCGGGCAAAAUGUUAGCUACUUGUCUUGCACUAAUGGCAGGGACACCUUUUAUAUAUCAGGGACAGGAAUUGGGGAUGCGGAAUGUUCCGACUGAACACCUUGCGACUGAACCGGACAACCUCCAAGCCCUCAACAGCUACCGUAAGCAAUAUCAAAAGAAAUCACGAGACAACGCCCGAACCCCCGUUCAAUGGACUGCAGGUCCCAACGCAGGCUUCACCUCCGCCAACGUCAAACCGUGGAUGAGCAUCAACCCAAAUCACACACAGAUCAAUGCCGAGAAUCAAUUACCGGACCCUACCUCCGCCUACAACUACUGGCGCUCAGUUCUGAGUCUACGCAAAAAGUGGCUUGGCGUGUUUGUCUAUGAUGAUUUUGUGUUGGUUGACCGCGGCAAUGAGCAAUUGUUUGUGUAUACACGGCAGUACCAGGAUCAGAAGGCGUUAGUGAUUUGUAAUUUUACGGUUCAGAUGGUGAAAUGGGGCGUGAAGCUGCAUAUGCUAGCAGAAGUGAAGGAGGUGUUGUUGAAUACUUAUGGAGUGAGUGAGAAUUAUCUCGGGGAGGAGACUUGAGUGUUGCAGCCGUAUGAAGCUGCGGUUUUGUUGAUAGCAUCCGCUUGAGGCCAAUGACUCAAUGUUGAUAGAUAAAUAGAUGACCUGUGAUCUCGC